GAAGUACAAUGACCGCCGGUGAAAAAUAACCCUCAUGUAUAUAUUCGUUCCCGCCCAAACGCGCCUCCACUUCCUUUUUCUUCUUCCAACGCCUUCCCUCUCCUCGCGCUCACCGAUCGUGAUGGAGGAUAAAAGUGAACCCAGAAAAGAACUGGCCGGAUUCUUGAUAAAGUAUCACUCGAAGCAGCUGGAGUCCAUAAUCCUCUCUCCUGACCCUCGAAUUCACUAUCCUAUACUUAUUGAUUUUGCAGAGUUAAUGGAUGAGAACCCGCAUCUCGCCAACCACAUUUUCUCACAUUCCGUUGAAUAUUUAUCACUUUUUGACGAAUCAGCGAUUUGGGCUCAGAAAGUGAUGUUCGAGGAUUUCAAGAAAUUUGAAAAUGCAACUGUGAAGGAAUAUGUACACGUUCGUGUUAAUGUCUGUGGUUCUCCUCUCGAAUGCCCUGAAACAUUUCCAAGUAUUGGACGUGUGAGAGUGAAGCACCGUGGGAUUCUUCUCACCCUCAAAGGGACAGUAAUCAGGUCAGGAGCAGUCAAGAUGAUUGAAGGAGAGAAGAUUUAUGAAUGUCGAAUAUGUAAACACAGGUUCAAAGUUCACCCAGAAGUCGAAACUAGAAAUUCCAUACCCAAGCCAACAUUUUGCCCCUCUCAGAAUUGUGAAAGCACGCGUUUCCAGAUUGUAGAAGACACCAAAAUAUGUCAUGAUUAUCAGGAAAUUAAAAUCCAAGAAAGUACUCAGGUUUUGGGUGUUGGAGCUAUCCCUCGUUCAAUUCCGGUUAUUCUGAAGGAUGAUCUUGUUGACAUAGUUAAAGCUGGAGAUGAUGUGAUAGUUACUGGGGUUCUGACAGCAAAAUGGUCCUCUGAUAUGAAGGGCGUGCGUUGUGACCUUGAUCCUGUAUUAAUUGCUAACCAUGUGAGGAGGAUGAAUGAGCUAAAGUCAAGUAUCGAUAUCCCUGAUGAUGUUAUUUUAAAAUUCAAGCAGUUUUGGUUGGAAUUUAAAGAUGCCCCACUGAAAGGCAGGAAUGCCAUUCUACGAGGUAUCUGUCCACAGGUGUUUGGACUCUUCACUGUAAAGCUUGCAGUUGCCCUAACACUUAUUGGUGGUGUCCAACAUGUUGACGCUUCUGGGACAAAAGUUCGUGGGGAGUCUCAUUUGCUUCUGGUUGGAGAUCCUGGAACUGGAAAGUCUCAGUUCUUGAAGUUCGCUGCUAAAUUGAGCAACAGAUCCGUUAUUACAACUGGAUUAGGAAGUACUAGUGCUGGAUUGACUGUUUCUGCAGUCAAGGAUGGAGGGGAAUGGAUGUUAGAAGCUGGGGCCCUUGUAUUGGCAGAUGGCGGCCUUUGUUGCAUAGAUGAGUUCGACAGCAUGAGGGAACACGAUAGAGCAACCAUUCAUGAGGCUAUGGAGCAGCAAACAAUAAGUGUAGCCAAGGCUGGUCUUGUAACAACGCUCAGCACAAGAACAAUUGUUUUUGGCGCAACAAAUCCGAAAGGACACUAUGAUCCUGAUCAACCUCUAUCUGUCAACACCACACUUUCUGGACCUUUGUUAAGCAGAUUUGAUAUAGUAUUAGUCCUCUUAGACACAAAGAAUCCAGAGUGGGAUGCAGUUGUUUCGUCGCACAUUCUUUUUGAGCAAGCAGAAUCAGGUAAAGGCAACUCUGAUGAAAAUCUAACAAAUAGUUGGCCUCUUCCCCUGCUUAGAAGCACUCCUUCAAUCCCAAGAAAAGUGGCCCUCUCCAAUGGUCGAAAUCAAAUUGACAACUUCUCAAACCAUUAAUUUAAUUUUAUUUUUUUAUAUAGCAUUUCACUAAUAGUGAAGUUUCUCAUCUGUUCAAUUUUGUUUUAUUUUAUUUUUUUUCUUAUGCAAAUUAAAGCAAUAGGUAUGAUGAUUUGAAAGCUUUGUCAAUGAACUUUGGAUAGUCAAGGACUUCUUUUUAGUGAUGGAGGGAGCACCUGAUCACAAUAGAGCCUGUUUAAUCAUUUUGUAUAUUUGUAUGGCAGGAAAUGGUUUCCUUCUGUAAAUGUCCUUUCUUUUCUUUUUGUGGGGAAUGCAUUAGUAAAAAUAAUACAAAUUUUUGAUCAAAUUGCCUCCUGUAGUAUAUCUAUUCUGUAUGGUUAAUUUCAGUGGGGAAGGCAUCAAUAAAGUAUGAACUGAAUAAGCUUAUGAAUUAUGGCUAGUAUCUUCAAUUUUGUGUCACCGGUUAAUUUAAAAUGAAAAUUUUGAAAAGUAGACCAUAUAGGGUGCUUGCAGGUACAUACACUUUGUGAAGGGAUAUUUUAGGCCAGUCCUUACAAAGGAGGCUGAAAAGGUUAUUUCUAGCUAUUAUCAAC